GGAACAGCGAGCGGCCUUGAGUGACCUUCACUGUCCUUGGUGUGAACUAUGGCCCUUUUGUUAUAUUAUACUCCGAAGAAUUAUUGCCAGUAGUUCCGAUGUAAAUUUCUUCACAAAAUGGAACUAACUCUUCCUGAACUUAAUCAUAACUGCUUCAGUACUCUGGAUCAAUCUUCUGAUAACUCGGAAAGCUAUGGAUCACUAAAUUAUAGUUUUGCACUGAUUGAUUGUAAAAAUUCCAAAAAUGAGCAGUUGUAUGGUGCCAUUUCUGUCAGAAAUUGGAUUAACUCUGGGAACAAUGAUUACUUAGAAGAAAACUUGGGUGAUCUGCGAAAGUGUUUGAUGCAGAAAAUUUUGGAGCUGAACUGUCAUUCUACAAGUCAUAUACCAAAUCCAGCAGUUACAAAGUUGUAUGAGUCUUUGGUGUGCUUGUACUUUAAGACCCCAAAACUUUGGUCACAUCCAUUAAGAUGGAUUAUAGAAGUAUUAAUACACGCUGACUCUCUUUAUGCCAGUACUUCUAACCUGUCAAUCUCAGAUGAAGAAAUACAACACUGUUUGACUAAUUCUACAUUUUCGAAACAAAUCAAAGGAAACAUAUUACAUCUUCUAUCAUUAAUUAGUGAGGAAUUCACAACAGCUCUGUUAACUCAUAGUGUUAAAUGUAUUGUCAAAGAAAGUGUUCUUUCUGAUGAAAUUUUAGUCAGAAAUAUUCUCAAGCAAUUUAUUACCGACGUAAAUCAGGAGGAAAUUUGUUCACUAGCUAUUCAUACUUCUGCAAUAUGGAUGUCUAAUUUUGUGACAAAUAACUGUCAUUCAUCAGUUGUCAGUUAUUUAGAUAUUGUGCAUAUGAUCUACAAUUCAAUGCAAUAUUCUGAAAACCUUUAUUUAACCGGAAUAAAUGCUUUAAUAAAUAUAUAUGAAUCCGAUGGUGUUGGAUUAAAUUCAGAUAGAGAUGCAGGGUUUUUACUUGAUUUUCAUGUCUCCGAAUUGACAAAGUUCAAGUAUACUUUACAACAUCUUGUCGAAUUACAUUCAAUAAAUCUUCAAAAUGGUGUUCAAUGGAAUGAAUUUAAAGGAUAUGAAGCAUUGAACAAAACUGUACUACUUUUAUCAAUCUUGUCAGAGAAACAGAUGGAUUAUCUCAUUCAUCGACUUAGUAAUUCACGCGUUAAUACCACUAACCAGUCUAUUCAUGAAUUAUUUGAUAUGUUUCUGUUAACAUUCUCACUAACUGGUCAUUAUCCUUACGAUGAAGAUAUCAGUGAUGUCGCUUUACAAAUAUGGUUGAAUAUUCAUGAAGCAUCAAUUAGCACAACUGCAUAUACUGUUGGUAAUGUUCACGAUGAAGAUGCUAGAUUAUCUGAAGAUACAAUUAGACGUAUCCAUAUGGAAUUCAGUCAACGCGCAUUUAUUAAAUCCCAUUAUCCAAAAGAUUUAAAUCAAUUUUAUACCAUAUGGAACCAAGAGGAUAGAGAUCGUUGGUUGAAAUUUCGUCAAGAAAUAAGUAACUGCUUUCUCUCAGUGUUCAGAUACUUGAAUUUGCAUGACUGGUUUCUUCAAGCAACUAAUCAACUUCAGUCUACUAUAUACAAUUGUACAAAUGAGGAAUUAUUAGCCAAUUGGCAGGAAUCUGAAGCAUUACUAUUUAUUCUAUCAUCAAUUAGUGAACAUGUUAUCUAUGAAAAUGAAUCUGGUAUAAUACCUUUAUUAAAUUUUGCUCAAUUAAUAUCAAAUAUUAUAAUGAAUUUUAUUAUUAAAUUACAACAAUCUAUUACUUAUUUCAUUCAUUCUAAUAUUGUUGUUCAUUUACAACAACCUCAUCUAUUUCUAUUAUGUCAUACUAUAUUAUUAUGUAUAGAAAAUUAUUCUCCUAUGAUACUUUCAAUGGAUUCAUUAUCUGAAAUUGAUCUUAUUCAAUUUAUCUUAAAUUCAUUAUUAUCUACUUGUAUUACUGUUGAGAAUGAUCAAAAUGAUUUAAUGGAAUUAUGUCAUAUAUCACUUAGAGUACUUCAAAUAAUAUUAAAGAGCAAAUUAUCUUCAUCAAAUUUGUUAGUCGAUAUGAUAACAAAUACAUUGGAAAAUUUUCUUAAUCAAACAAAACCAAUUGAUCAAACUAGUAAUAAUUUAAUAUCUUAUUGUAUUGGUAUGUUAUUACGUUUAUCUAAAGAAGAAAACAAAGAGCAUACAAUUAGUUCAUUUCAAAAUAUUUUAUACAUUCGAUUGGAAACUUUCAGACUAUUGUGUACUACUACUACACAAGAUUUCAGUGAUCUUCCACAAAGUGCUAUAUCAGUUUGUUCACAGUUCACUUGUAAACAGAAUGAAGUUAACAGAAAGUCUUAUUUUAUUGCGAUUCUACUGAACUCGUUCAUUCAAACAUUUCGUGGUUUUGUCUCAAUUGAACAGCUAAUUGAUAAUGGACUAGUCAAUGAACACAUUAUAACAAUUCUAUCAAAAUUAUUAUGUUACUUGAAAGAGUCAUUAACAGAAGUUAUGUUUUCCAACCUUCCCGAAUAUUUUAUGCAGUAUCAUAAACUCUUACGAGUCAGUUUACAUAUCUUCACAUAUCUAUUAAAAAAUCCGAUUGAUGAUGUCAUAGUUACUAUGGUGAAAGAAUCAAUCAAUUGUAUAUAUUUCACAUUUGAUAAUAUAUUAAAUAAAUAUAAUAAAUUAGAUGAUGUUAUAUUAAAGUCUAUUCAAUAUUAUAUUGAAUGGUUAUUCAAUGAUCAAUGUAGGCAUAUGAAUGAAUAUUUAUCAUUAUUACAAUUAGCUACUAAUUUAUUCUCGAAUAUAUUCGAUAAAAUCAAUAUUUUAUUGAUUAAUCAAGUUCAAUUGAUUGGUGAUAAUAAUGAUAUAUUGUUUGGAAAAUGUAUUGGUUAUACAAAAGAAGAACGUAUCAAUCAUCCUAUAUCACCAAUUUUAAUGUCAUUUAUUGCACAAUCUAUUACAGAAGAAAUUGAAAUAUCAAGUAGAUUUGUUAGACAAUUCAUCAAUUUCAAAUUUCAUGAAGAAAAAGAAAAUCAAGAAAAACAAACUAUUUUCAAUUUACUUAAUGAUACACAUAGAUCAUUCAAAUUAUUUUUAUCAUUAGCAUUUAGCGGUAUCAGUGUACCAGAAUGGUCAACAGUUGAAUCAUGUAUCCAAUUAGCUUGUGAUUUAUUAACCAUAUUAACUCAUGAAAACAAAACUAUUGAUCCAUUAGUUAUUUUAGAUGAUCAACUAUUAUUUGAAAUUAAUGUAUGUCUAUUAUUAAUAUUGUCUAAAGGUAUACCACCACCUCAAAGACUUAUAAUCAAAUAUGCAGAAUUUUAUUGUUCUUUAGCCAAAUUAUUUCCAUAUAAACAAUUUGUUUUAUUAAGUUUUAUAACUGGCAAUAUACACACUAUUAAUCAAGAAUAUAAAUUGAAGUUAAUACAAAUUCCACAUUGUAAUAUUUUAAUUGAAAUUAUAACAGAUUGUUUAUGUUAUACAAGUUUAGCGGAACGAGCACGUUUUGUUACCGUAGUAACAAAACCUUUCGUUUCACUUCAUAAAGUGACAAGCAGUAUAACAACUUUUAUGCGUUUAUUAUCACCACGACCACCACCACCACCAUAAAAACUUGAAAAAUUGUAAACAUAAAUUUAUUUAUAUAGAUUUAUAGAUAUAAACACAGAUGAAAUAAUAAAUAUUAUACAAUGAAUUGUUGAUUUUCUUUUUCUUCUUCUC